AUGCCGUCGCCAUGCAAUGCGGCAGAUGAAGCGACCAAUGGCAACGCCACCAGUGCAAGCAAUGCAAGCAAAACUGGUCAAAAGGAUGAGAAGGACGAGAAGGCGAGCGAGUCGGAGACCUUCUCACGCUUCCGUGAGGUAAUCUCCACAAAGGCACACGAGCUUUCGGCAGAAAUCUCUACGAAGGCGACUCCUCUCCUUGCAAAGGCGCAAGCGAAGGCCCACGAGAUCUCUGACGAAAUCUCUACAAAGGCCACGCACUUCACAGCGAAGGCGCAGGCGAAGGCAAAGGGUCGGAAAUGA